CCGUAACAGGUUGCAGGGAUACCACCGUGGACUGCAACUCGUUCAUGACUCUGGUGAAAUUUGCAGUCUACCUGGAGAGCCACUAUGCUCUUGUUGAAUCAACACCACCUCACCGCCAUGGAAAGGACGAGAUCUCCAUGAGUGCGCACGCCUCUACACCAGAAUCCCUUCUUUCCUACACACUCGCUUGCCAUCUACAAUCAUGAAUGACCCUGGCCUUGACGAACCCAUCGACAAUGCUGACAGUCAGGUCAGAGAAAAUGUCGCUUCCCCAAAAGAGACACCGGGCGAGGAUGAUAUGGACGAGGAAGAGGAGGAGAGAAACUUCUUGAUGCCUGCGAGGUGGUGGUAUGCGUCAACUGGCUUCCCCCUAAUUGCAGGUACAUUUGGUCCCAUGGCAAAUGCCUUCAGUAUCUGCGCUCUCGUUGAGAAUUGGAGAGUCAAGAUCCCGCCUGGUGGAACAGAGGAACAUGGGAUUGAUAUCAAAGAUCCCAAAUGGUUGAUAGCUGUGAAUGCAGUAUCUUUGGUCUGCGCGCUCAUUGCCAAUAUGUCCUUGCUCCUCAACAUGGCACGUCGAGUACCUUUUCAAAUUGCACAGCCAAUAACCAUCAUCGGCUUCUGGGUUGCUUCGAUCCUGCUCAUUGCCCUCGUUGCCGUUGCCUCCCAUCACUUCCACGCCGCGGGAGUAAAGCAUCAAGCACUAACUCAGGCAUAUUACUACGCCAUUUUUGCCGCGGGGCUUUACCAAAUAAUAUCAUAUCUCAUGUGUGUUACCGUCUAUGGCGCAUACAAGGGCUAUUACAGUCGAGAAUUCAAACUCACAGUCGCUCAACGAACCUUGAUGCUCCAGACCAUCUCAUUCCUUACGUAUUUGCUCUUGGGAGCUCUCGUUUACUCGCAUAUUGAAGGCUGGAAAUUUCUAGAUGCAGUGUAUUGGGCUGAUUUCACCACACUUACCAUCGGAGUCGGUGAUGAUUAUACCCCCAAGACACAUUUGGGACGAGGCUUGCUUUUUCCUUUUGCCAUGGGGGGUAUCAUCAUUCUGGGUCUUGUUGUCGGCUCUAUUAGGUCACUCAUCCUCGAGAGAGGGAAAAAGAAAAUGGCUGCGCGGAUAACCGAGAAGACUCGAGCUAGACUGGUCAGAGAGAUCGACAAGGCAACUCGGAAACGAAUCGAUCUGAAGCGUCAUAUCACAAUGGGACUGGGUAAAGAAACUGCCGAGGCCCUCACUGUCAAACCCGGUGACGAUCGAAUGGAUGAGCAAGACAGAAGGGCAGCCGAAUUCGAAGCAAUGAGAAAAGUUCAGGAUCGCGCGAUGACUGAACGGAAAUAUAUGAGUCUUGGGGUUUCGUCUUUUGCGUUCGCAUUUUUGUGGUGUAUCGGCGCAUUAGUAUUCUUCCAGGCUGAACAGAACCAGCAAUGGACAUAUUUUGAGUCGCUGUAUUUUUCCUACACCACACUUUUGACCAUCGGCUAUGGCGACUUCGAACCGAUCAGUAACAGUGGCAAACCUUUCUUCGUAUUUUGGUCGCUUUUAGCGGUGCCGACCUUGACCAUCUUGAUAUCAGACAUGGGAGAUACGGUAGUUAAGGCCAUUAAAGAUGCUACCAUCUGGCUUGGAGAGGUUACUGUGCUGCCGAGCGACGAAAGCAGCAUGAAGGAUCGGCUGAUGCACGGUAUCUAUAGGUCUACUUUGGGAAAAGUGGGCUCCCCUCAUUUUGAUGUUGAGAAUAAGGCCGGGGAAGAGUCCGGGUUUCAAGAGCUACACCCUGGAUUGGCAAAGCUGUUUCGAAUUGGUGGUGGUGAGCGGCCAGAUAACACAAGAGAUGGCGCCAAUCGAGACGAACUGGCCAGAGACUUUGAGCAGUCCGAACGAAUUGAUGAAAGCGAAGCACAUAAGGAGGGAAAGUUCGGGGAAGAAAACGAGCAUCAUCUUCGGCAUGUUCUCAUCUCGCAAAUCCGAAGAGUCUACGCAGAUACUACAUCUUCUACACCGAAGCGGUACUCUUAUGAUGAAUGGGUAUACUUUCUGAAACUUCUAGGUGAAGAUGAGCGGGACUCUACGACACACAAGCAUGCCUCCGAACUAGAAGACCCGACGUUCCACCAUGACAAGAAUCCAGCUAGCAAGAAGCUGUUAGACCAGACUGGACAAGACUCAGCUUAUGGAAAGGGCAGCGACAAAGGCCAAGGUCAAGGCCAAAAGAAGUUCCAAUGGAGCUGGAUCGGCAACAGGAGUCCUCUGAUGGGUGACAAAGAGGAGGCCGAAUGGUUGUUGGAAAAGCUAUUUGAGAGGCUCGAAGAAAGCCUCCGGAAAGCACUGAAAGAAGAAGAUAAUGGAGCCAAGAAGGGAAACGAAAGAUACGAUCCCAGUGAGAAGCAGCAUGACAGGUGCGAGGAAGACGACUCUGGUAGCGAGGAGACCAUCACGCGAUGUAAGGAGAGUAGCCGGAGUCAGGAGGAGCAGGAGAAGACAAACCCUGCACCUUUUGAUAUUACCAGAUGACUUUUUGGACCUUUAAACAUUAGCGAUGGCGUCGGGUGUACUAGGUCGUUCAAGAUGCUUCAACAUGUUGAGAAUGUGUAUACCUGAAUGAAAUGAAUGGACUGGAGCAUGAUGUUGAUCUUACGGGUGUGACGAUGGUGGACAAAUCUUGCGUUUGGCGGAACAGCCAACACCGGGGGUUUAAAGAUGUGAUAUGUCACAUGUCCAACGAAUAGGACAUAUCUUUUUCACGAACUGCGUACAAGGGAGACCCUUCGUGUUUACCCUAGGUAGUUGAGCAAAGGUAGCAACAGCAUGGGUCGUACGUCGUCCGACGCGCUGCGUCCUACAGUAGGGGCGAAGUUGAUGGGGCGA